AUGAUUCGAAACUUCCAUGCGACUAGGUUAGCUAGAUAUGGUGCAUUGUCUAGUCGCUCAUUGAGAUUUGUGAGCUCUCAAUCAAUUAAAGUUCAGGGUGCAACGAAUCACAUUAUCACUGCCAUAAACAACGAGAGGAAAAGACAUGAGAUAGAAUCCACUGUACCAUUGCCUCAAUUUCCUGAAUUGUUGAAUAAAUUUCAACAGAAAACCGGAUUCACUGUAGAAAAUCUUCACAAGUACCUCAAGCUGCCGGAGUCCACCUUUAACGUUUUAGACUACAAGCUCAUGCUGUUGUCUCGGGAUAUAGAUAAAGAUAAGAAGGUAUUCAUUGCUUUCGACAUUGAUGAGCUGGCUAGAGGUAAAGAAGGUGACCUGCUAGAAGAUUCUGGUGACGAUUACGAUGGUGUUUACCUGGAAGAGCCCUCAUUGGAUGAUUACGGAACGUUAAUGAAUUUCAACGUGAUUUUGCAUGAUUAUACUUUGAAGAAAGCAGUAGGGAUCCAUUUUUUGUUUCAAAUUGGUAGUUAUCCCCACAUAACGAAAAUUUCUCAUUAUGAUGACAUUGACUUUUCCCUUUCACUUACCAUGGAGGACAAAUAUCGCAAAAGCUUGAUGUACAUGCUGGACGAUUUUCAGGAGCUAGAUUGUUUAAUCGCUGAUGAAUUGGUGGAUCAAAUGGAUUUGAAAUUUCGUUUGGACGAAUAUGUUGACAAAGAGCUCUGUCAAAUGCUGGUAAACCACUGUUUGUUAUUUGAUGAAUAUCUCUAUCAUGAGUGGCUGGAUAAUUUACAAGUAUUUUUCAACAAAUAG